UUUAGAGUUUACACCAAGUAAAAAAAGGCCCACAAGAGAGCACGCUCAGUCGCUCAGUUCCUUCUCCAAAGUCCAAGCCACCACCACCACCCACCCCAUAUCUCAGAGAGAGAGAGAGAGAGAAAGAGAAAAAGAAGGAGGUUGCCACUUGCAAGCAUAAACAUGUUCAGGGACGUAUCGAGCUGCAAUACGUACAAUUACGGUGAUGCCCUCUACUGGGACGCACGCUACGUCCAAGAAGGUGGCUCCUUUGACUGGUAUCAACGCUACUCUGCUCUCAGACCCUUCGUCCGUACUUACAUCCCUCCUCCCAAUUCCACCGUCCUCAUGGUUGGUUGCGGCAAUGCCGUGAUGUCAGAGGAUAUGGUCAAGGAUGGUUAUGAGAGCAUCACUAAUAUUGAUAUCUCAUCGGUUGCCAUUCACAUGAUGAGAACAAAAUAUGAUCACAUCCCUCAGCUCAAAUACUUGCAGAUGGAUGUUAGGGAUAUGAGCUUCUUUCUGGAUGAAUCUUUUGAUGGUGUCAUUGAUAAAGGAACUCUUGAUUCAUUGAUGUGUGGUACUGAUGCUCCAAUUAGUGCUGCCCAGAUGCUUGCAGAAGUGUGUAGGGUUCUAAAACCUGGAGGGACUUAUAUGUUGAUAACAUAUGGUGAUCCAACAGUAAGGAUGCCUCAUAUAAACAGACCUGUAUACAAUUGGAAAAUUUCAUUGUACAAUAUCCCCAGACCAGGAUUUCAAAAGCCUGAGAGUACUAGUUCAUCAAGAAAAUCAUAUUUAGAUCCCAUCCCUCUGACCGAAAAGGGCUUACUUCCUCCAGAUUUCAUUCUGGAAGACCCAGAUUCUCACUAUAUAUAUGUUUGUAGAAAGAACAAGACAGAGAUGGACAAUAUACCACCAUAUCGACUAACAGCUGAUAUUUUAUAGCCCGGAGUUUCCACCGAAGCACUGUCGAAGGUAGUAUUUAUCAUCUUCACAAGCUUUGAUGUGGAUCAUAGUCACUUAAAUAUGGUUGCUCUUGUCAUUUGUACCAUUUGAAUUAGUUACCACCAUCAUUGGUGGAUGUUGUAAUAGUAUUUUAUUUUCAUAAAUUAGAGUAGCAGUGUUUAGCUUGUAGUGAUGAUUGAUAUAAAUUAAAAUCUCUGAAGAAACGAGACAAAAAUGACUGAUUGAUUCCCUGUUAUUUUUUCCCGUGUUGUAUCUGUUGUAAUUGUGACAUGUAAACGAUGUCUUUUCCCUAAGCUUGAUUACUAUUAUAA